UUUGAUGUAUUCAGUACUCCUAGGAUGUAUGACAGAUGAAACCACGCCCUGGAGGAGAACCCAAAACUUCCUUAAACUCACUUCUGCAAUCGCAGUGAGUUCUGUGCGCACUUUCUUCCGAUCCUCCUGAGAAGCUGGUUCAGACAUGUCGGGAGUCGCGUCCACUUUGGCCAAGAAGCGAGCCCGGGCUGCGGGUUUCGGCACCAACGCGAACGCCAAUAAAUACCUGAACCAGGACUACGAGGCGCUCCGGAGCCAGCACCAGGGUCAGCUGUUCUGUGAUGAUUACUUCCCAGCUGCGCCGGAGUCCCUGGGCUUUCAGGAACUCGGACCCAAUUCCUCCAAGACCAGGGGUGUGCAAUGGAAAAGACCUGGAGAGCUGUGCUCCAGACCUCAGUUCAUCGUCGGAGGAGCUACGCGGACCGAUAUCUGCCAAGGAGCUCUGGGGGACUGCUGGCUCUUGGCGGCCAUUGCCUCUCUCACGCUGAACCAUGAUGUGAUGGCCAGGGUGAUCCCCAGCGGCCAGGAUUUCGAAUCUGGCUAUGCCGGAAUCUUCCACUUUGAGUUCUGGCAGUUUGGUGAGUGGGUGGACGUCGUCAUCGACGAUCGGCUACCUACAAAGGAUGGAAAACUGCUGUUUGUCCACUCAGCAGAAGGCAACGAGUUUUGGAGCGCCCUAUUGGAAAAGGCCUACGCUAAGGUGAACGGCUCGUACGAGGCUCUGUCCGGAGGCUCCACCACCGAGGGCUUUGAGGAUUUCACCGGCGGAAUUGCCGAGCAGUACGAGCUGAGGAACGCACCGACGAACAUGUUCCAGAUCAUCCAGAAAGCUCUGGCAUCUGGAGCGCUGCUCGGCUGCUCCAUAGACAUCACGAGUGCUGCUGAUUCAGAGGCCAUCACUCGGCAGAAAUUGGUGAAGGGACACGCCUACUCGCUGACAGGAGCUGUCGAGGUCAAUUGCCGUGGUAGUCUGGAGAAGCUGGUGCGCAUGAGGAACCCGUGGGGUCAGGUGGAGUGGACUGGAGCCUGGAGUGAUGGCUCGUGUGAGUGGAACUCUGUGGAUCCUUCGGAGCGGCCGAAUGCCAACGCGGAAGACGGAGAGUUUUGGAUGUCGUUUUCCGAGUUCCAGCGGCAGUACUCGCGUAUCGAGAUCUGCACCCUGACGCCAGACGCCAUCACUAGCGACCAGGUCAAGCCGUGGAGCGUGAAAAACUAUAGCGGGAACUGGAGGAGGGGCUCCACAGCUGGAGGCUGCAGGAAUCAUGCUCAAACGUUCUGGAUGAACCCGCAGUUUGUCAUCAAGGUGAACGAAGAGGACGACGACCCGAAUGACAACGAGAAGGGCUGCAGCCUCUUAGUGGGUCUGAUCCAGAAGAACCGGCGCCGUUUAAGAAAGGAGGGAGGGGACAUGCACACCAUCGGCUACGCCAUCUACGAGGUGCCUUCCCAGUUCCAAGGCCAGACGAACUUGCACCUGGACAAGAACUUUUUCCUGACGCACGCGCAAACAGCUCGCUCCGAGACCUUCAUCAACCUGCGCGAGGUCAGCACCCGGUUCAAGCUGCCAGCCGGCGAAUACCUCGUCGUUCCCUCCACCUUCGAUCCCCACUUGGAUGGCGACUUCUGCCUGCGUGUCUUCUCUGAGAAGCAGACCGAAACACAGCGCUGCGAUGAUCCUGUCGAUGCUAAAUUAGAAGACGAAACCGUGUCCGAUAGUGAAGUAGAGGGAAGCUUCAGGAGCCUGUUCAUGAAACUGGCAGGAGCUGACAUGGAGAUCUCUGCUGUGGAGCUCAGAUCAAUACUGAACAAAGUUGUCGCGAAACGAACUGACAUUAAGACAGACGGCUUCUCCUUGGACACAGCUCGCACCAUGGUCAACAUCAUGGAUGACAGCGGCAAUGGGAAGCUUGGCUUGGGCGAGUUCGCUACGUUGUGGAAGAAAGUGCAGAGAUACAUGAACAUCUAUAAGGAAAAUGACAUGGAUAACUCCGGGAAUAUAAGCACAACAGAGCUUCGUGGGGCACUGGCGAAAGCUGGAUUUAGUCUGAAUGAUACCAUCUUCCAGCUGUUGGUGGCCCGCUACGCUGUUACUGACCUCACCAUUGAUUUUGAUGACUUUGUGGGCUGCCUUAUGCGAUUGGAACUGAUGUUCCGAGUUUUCCGGAAGAUGGAUCCACACAACACCGGUUUCUUAGAGAUGGACUUUCAAAUGUGGCUGUGCUUAACUAUGAUCUGAACGGCUCCAGCCUGAGCGCAGCAGAGAAGCUAAGAGUCCAAUCUUAAAAAUUGUCCGUUGCUUAAACAUGAUUCUUAAAGCAGGCAGUGUGCAUAAGAAUUCAAGAACAUUUUUGUGCGUCUAGAGUAGAUUUAGUAGGAAAGUUAAAGUGUGCUGUAAAACCGUAUAAAUGGAUGUAGCAUGCUGGGAUGGGAUUGUUAAUUGUGCAUAAAACAUAAAACUAAAGAUUUGUGUCUAAGCAGUUGAUACUAUAUGCUAUGUAUUUAAAAAAAAAAAAAAAAAAAAAAAAAAGAUUAUAUUGUUCACUUUUUGGAUGCUUUUUUGAUAGAUGGUUACCAAAGUUUGAAUUUCUUUCUGAUUUUAUGGUAUUUUAUCGAGCCAAAAUCGAGUCAUCACCAAAGAUAAGUGCCUUGGAAUAGAUAUGGGCUGACAUGUAAUGUUUUAUAUAGCAUGAUAUCCGAUGAUGUGACAAUAUUGGAUAAUUCAAAAAUCUGUCCUUGGUUUUAUUUGGUUGAAGGGUAAGGGAUGAGGGUGAGGAAAAAUCAAGGCUAUCUAUAUAUAAUUAAAAACACUAGGCUACUCUCAAAUCUGUUAAAUGUUUAUGAAGAAGUUUAUUGUGGUGUGAUAUCCCUGCUGAUAAAAACAAUAGAAACCAUUACAGACAUCCUAAUGAUUUUCACUACAAUAUUUUUUGGUCCAUAUUCAUAUUAAGAUUUAAUGGUUUGUAUUGAUUCUCAAACAUAUUUCAUAUAUAAAAGAGUUUAUUAUCCAACUCGGAUUACAUUUCUGGUUUAAAACGACACUUUUGGGGGUACUUUAAUCUGAAACGCUGCAUGAUUUCAUUGUGAGGGUUGUGUUUUGGCGGGAGUGGAAUUUAAAAAUAUAUAUUAUUAUUAUUAUUAUUUUAUUUUCUCUCCAUGGUGGUGUCCAUAAAUAUUUCACAGUGUACUGACAAAUCGAUGUAUUCCGGCUUUUCCUCACCAUUAAACUUUUUUUUUAAAGGUC